AUGCGUUGGGACGGAGGUAGCACUUUGAAUCAUUUGAAGUACCGAAUUUAUGAGCUCAACGAAGAGACGUUCACUUACAAUUAUACUUUGAUUGAAGGUGAUGCGUCGAUGGACAAGCAGAUUGAAUAUAUUUCUUAUGAGGUUAAGCUUGAGCCGUGUCCUAAUGGUGGAACUGUCUCUAAGAUGACCAGCAAAUAUUACACCAAGGGUGAUGUUGAGCUCUCAGAAGAGGUCAUUAAGGCUGGCAAGGACAAGGCCAUGGGAAUGUACGAGGCUGUCGAAGCCUUCCUCCUGCAAAAUCCUAAUGCCUAUGCUUAA